AGUACUUGUAGCCACAUAGUCGCUCGCAGCGCUCAGUCAGCGUUUGACUCAGUAGUGGUAGGGGAUCCAGGAUUUCCACUUGUCAGUUACUCCCGAAAUCAAGUGCAUCCCCUCAGCUAAAAUGUCAAAGUUGGAUCAGGUCCUUAUCCUUGACCCUCCCUCCGACCUCAGAUUUAAAGGUCCUUUCACAGAUGUAGUCACCACCAACCUGAAACUGAAGAACCCUUCUGACAGAAGAGUGUGUUUUAAAGUGAAGACGACAGCGCCACGCAGGUACUGUGUACGGCCAAAUAGCGGCGUCAUUGAUGCCGGAGCAAUGGUCAACAUCUCUGUCAUGCUACAGCCCUUUGACUAUGACCCCAAUGAGAAAAGUAAACACAAAUUCAUGGUGCAGACGAUUUUUGCCCCACCAAAUGUUUCUGACAUGGAGUCAUUGUGGAAAGAUGCAAAACCAGAUGAUCUCAUGGAUUCCAAGCUGAGAUGUGUCUUUGAGCUGCCUUCUGAAAACGAUAAAGUGAAUGAUGUGGAUGCAGCCAAAGCAGCUCCGGUGAUGAACUCCGUGAAGCCUGAGUCAAUGGCUGCCGCGGUGCCUGUUGCUGCCUCACUCGACGAUACAGAGAUUAAAAAAGUGCUGGAGAAGUGCAAGAGGCUGCAAUCUGAGAUGAACAAGCUGACUGAGGAGAAUCGGCAAUUAAAGGAGGAUGGGAUUAGAAUGAGAAAGAUGCCCCGCUCCGACCACAUGACAUCAAACUCAACAAGCCUCCUCGGACGAGAAGCCAGCACCGCUUCCCUGCCCUCUCUCCUCGUCGUCAUAGCAGCCAUCUUCAUUGGAUUUUUCUUAGGGAAGUUCAUCUUGUAGACUGGGAGAUGCAUGCCAGCUGUAUCCCCUGCACCGACUCUGGAAUAAAAAAAGGCCUGGAAAAACCGAGAAGUCUUUCUGUUGACUUUGCCAUAUCAUUGGUAGUGUGGCCGACAGUGAACACAUCUGUACAGCAUCAUUCGAAGGCGUCGCCUUUUUACAAUCUCACACAGUUAGUGCGCACAGAGAGUUGAGUAAAGACAGGCGACAAAAAAGUGAUUGCCCCCUCUUUUUUGUUUUCAGCUUUUUGAUGGCUGGAUUACACAGGCAGUGUGGUGGGACAGUGUAAGCUGUAUAUUAUCAGUCAACAUGAAAAAUUCACCUAACAUCAACCAUGGGCAAGAAGCACUCAAAAGAUUUGAUUUUUUUUUCUUUCUCUCUCUCUCUCUCUCUGUUGUUUUUAAUAGGAAUUGAAUGGAAUGUUAGGUGUCUUGUAAAUGUUGUUUUAAAUCCUUUUAAACAAAAAGGAAAGGACUUCCAUCAAAAAGACCUUGCUACCUGUUGCUGGAUUGCCUCUGAAGUAAAUUUGUUCAGUUUCUGAUUUCUACUUUUUGUGUUGGAAUGUUCAGGUCCAGUUGGGGAUAUAGGUGCCUCCUCCUUGUACAUUUGUCCGUUCCUUUUCCUCACAACACCAAUGCAGACUUUAUAUUAUUAUUAUUAUUAUUAUUAUUAUGCAAAGCAUAUAUUCUUUCCGAGGCAAAUGUUGACUGAAAUAAGGUUUCCAUUCUUAAAACCCUGUCCCAUGGUAUUAAGCAUUGAAAAAAUAAAAAUGAAAAAUGUGGUUUUCAUA